AUGAAUUAAUAGGCCUAGACUUCUAUUUUAAGUCGGUGUUUAUGCUCUAAAUUAGGAAAAUUUAAAAUGAGAACACAGAUUUUAAUUAUCAAUUGUGUAAUUUUCGCUAUAAUCAUACCUUCAAUAAUAUUGGCCUAGACUAUUAAUUUGUAUUAUAUUUAGGAGAUUCUAAGUGAUUGUGAGAAGGAUAGUAUGCUCAAGGGAAUGUUUAAUCAUUUAACCAAUUCAGCGAAUUCUAUAAACGGAUAACUUAAUUCCGUAUUUACAAGAAGUAUAAUUUCAUAAAUCAUAUAAGCAUAAAUUACCCUGACUAAUUUGAAUUAAUUAUAUUGGCUUUAAUUAAGAAAUAAAAUUUGGAUCAAUAAACCAAUCACUCGCCCCUGUGACUAUAACUCUUCAGUCUUGCCUUCUGAUCAUUUCAUUUCUAUUCCAUGUUAUGCAAAUAUGGCACUAAAAUAAAAUGAUGUUGAACCCUUAGAAGAUCCAAUUGAGUAAAUUCUAAGAAAUCAUACUUCUUUAGUAAGUUCAGUUAUUUUAGGCUUGAUGGGUUUAGAUGAUCCCUUUUUUCCUAACCAAUUUUAUUUCUCCUCCUCAAUAGACCUAUAUGAAUUUACUUACAUUUACCCUUAAAUUCUAAAAGUAGAUAGUUAUCAUCCUAAGGAGAGAAUGUGGUUUCAAUAGCAUUUUGAAAAUUUAAAAAAGGAUAAAUACAACAAUACUCAGUUAAGUGAUGUUUACAAGUAUUUUGGAACCGAAACUACGUAUUCAAUGACAAUGACGUAAUCAAUGCUAAAUUUAGUUUGGGAUGUUCAAGGAAUUUAUUGUUCUGACAUUGUAUUUUCAAACAAAAUGUUAAGAGCAUAGUCAAUCAACAUUAUGAUAGCUGACUAAAAAGGACAAUUGUUAUUGACAAACUAUAAGAAUAAAGCAAUAUCCAAUUCUUCCGAACUCAAAAACUUUGCAGACUAAGAAAUUACUGGGUUCAAUGCCGAAGAUUGGAAUUCUCUCAUUAGCUAUUAUAACUAAAAUAUAAUCUAGUCUACUUGCAACUUAAGAAUGCAUAAUGUAUUAUGUAGAUAUAAUACAGUUUAUGAAAAAGACGUUGUAAUUACGAUACAAAAGCUUAAAAACAUCAAUUAUUAUUUAAUUCUCUUUAAUGAUUUGUAAAUAGAGAAGGAUAUAUCUGAUUAAAUGGAAAAUCUAAAUGAAAUAUUUAAUAGAGAAAUUUAAUGGACUGCUUUAAUUGUACUAUCAAUUUUCAUUCUAUUAAUAUUUAUCUCCAUUAUAUUGAUUUACCUCAUAUUUUUGCCUAUUUAUCAAGUGAUUGAUCAAUCCUCCUUGUUUCUUAAAAGAGAUUAAGAAUGUAAUAAUGGCAGGUCAAUUCAGUUUAAAAAUUAAAUCUAAAAUCAAAUCUUAAAAAAAAAAGUAGAACCGUUCAAUAGUAAUGUAUUAAAAUAAUUCAAAAUUCAAUUUGAUUCAUUAUUUGAUAGAGUCUUAACAUAGACAAUGACAAUUAAUCCUUAAUGUAAAAUACUUUAACAAUUUAAAUAUCCUAAAAACAAUACCGUACAUGUUCUGAAAAUAAAGAACUUGUUUGAUUAAGGUUUGAUAAAGGAUGAUUACUACGGAGAUAUUAAUAAUGACUUUCGAAAUAAGAAAUUGAACCUCAAAAGAACCUUCAGCUUAAAUAUUUAAUCAAAUUGA